AGCAAUGACAGCGUCAGCCUCUCAGCAGAAUCCGCGCACUGGGGGUUAAAAAUCUUCGGAGUUCUGAUUAACCCAAAUGAAGUAUUUUGCCAUAAAAAGAAACAUUAUCUUCUACAUGCUGACUGUCCGGCGCAGCAGGUUACUGUGAUGAGCAGGCAUUCUGUUUCUGGUGCAACACUUCUGCAGAUCGAUGAAGAGCUGGAAGCAGAGGAGCGAGACACGAUAUUGUUCGCUUGUCGAGACAUCACAUCUCAGACAAAUGUUCGGGAGCUGUUAAGUGAAUUAAAUGAAAAAUCUGUACUUGGAAUAGUUGAAGUGUUACGGCUGGUGAAAAGAUUUGAUCUUUUAAAAAAAUACCUAAAGAUGACAAAAAUUGAAGCUGAACAAUUAAUAAUGAAACAAAACAAAGUUAUUUCGGAUUACAGUUAUCUAUUGGCAGAAAUUAAUGGAAAUUUGGAAGAAGAAGAUUUGAAAUCAUUUUUAUUUUUGUUAAAAAAUCAACUAAGGAAUGUUGGAAGCAUCAAAAAGACUUUUCUGAGUCUUGUAAUUGAUCUGGAAAAAAAUAACCUAAUAUCACCAGAGAACCUGGACUUGUUAGAAGGGAGUUUCCAAAGAAUCCGCAGGGUAGACCUGAAAAACAAAAUUCAAAAGUUCAAACAAAAAGGUCAUACUGAAAACAGCAGGCAUUACAUCAAAACAAUGGCAGUACCUCCACCAAUACCUAGGAAUGAAGUAUCAUCCUCAUUUGCAGAGGCGAAUGAUGACAGGUAUCCUGUAACAGCCAUGCCAUUGGGCUUCUGCUUGAUCAUGGACUGUGUUGGAAAUGACUCAGCAAUGCUUAAAGAUGUAUUUCAAAAUCUUAAUUUUUCUGUCAACGUUAAAAUGUAUACAACAAUUCAAGAAGUAAAAACGAUACUCCAAGACAUUGCUAACAUGGAACAGCUCAAAGAAUAUGACAUUUUCAUCUGUAUCCUAAUCAGCCGGGGGAAUGCAGACUGUCUUUUUUUCAUAGAUGGAUGCUCACCAGGACUCUCUUUUGAAAAAAUUAGGAAUUUUUUCACUGGGCAGUCAUGUCCAAACUUGGUAGGAAAACCAAAACUCUUCUUUAUACAAAACUAUAUCACUGAUGAUUGUGAAGUGCAGCACGAUGGAGACGCCUUAGAGGCUGAUGGUCCCAUCGACAUCGAAGAAGGUCAAGAGAGAAGGCGCAACAUUGUAAACACACCCAAUGAAGCAGACAUAUUUUGGAGUCAUUGUAAAGCAGCUGAGCGACAGCUUCAGAGACUUUCAGCUUGCUCUUCAUUGUAUCUAAAGACACUUACUGAUUUAUUAAAUAACAAGCAAAAAAGGAAACACCAGGACAUUCAAGAGAUUCACACAGAACUUAAUAACAUUAUAUACAGCAAGCAAAGCGGAUACUCAGUACUGCUACAACAUACUCUCACCAAAAAACUCUUUAUUCAUCCAGUGUGA